AUGAGUCGGCCCGGCGCGGUCCUCGACUGGGCCCUCGCCACCGACGACAAUGACGACGAGAAGGAAGAUCCGUGGGCGGUCUUUAACGCUGCGAGUAUCCUGAUGGUGCCGUUUGAUAUGGCGGCGUUUGUCGCGCCAAUUGACGCUAUGGACGCGGCGCGCGCCGCGCUGGAAGCCCGCCUCGAGGACGAGAAGUUCCAGAUUCUCUGCUUCAUCCAGGACGUCGACGACAUGAACCGUGAGGUCAUGCUGUCGUGGAGCCUCUUCAAGGCCGGGCAAAUUAGCUUGAUGGCGGCGACGGCCGUCACCAACGCGUGCGUGCAUGCUGUCGAAGUCCUUGGGAACGACAUGAGCUUUGCGCACCCGCACCUCAAAGAUCUUGACCACAUGAUGGCGCUCCUCGUCUGCGAACAAGUGCUCGUGGACCUCGUCUCGGAGAACGGCCUGUCAUUGAAAACGGCCGUCGAGCUGGUCGUGCUUGCCAAGCGGGCGAUGGUCGAGCGGCUCCGACCGGCCGCUGAGCGCACGAUCGCCCAGCGCCUCAAGGUGUCGACGGUGGUCGCGUCCCGUGUGAUCGACGUGGUGCACAUGCACUAUGACCAGUCGGACGUGUGGAGUCUUGAUUGGACGUCGUCGCUCGGCAACAAGAAUGGCUUUGUCAACCUCCAGCACGCACUCUUUAGCUUCCUCGAGGUCAUCACGCCCGGCCACCGCAUGAUGUGCCGCCCCGGCACCUUUGGCCGCGACUGGGACGAGCGUCGCCAGCCCGCGUCGUCGCUCAUGGACCUGUACCAGACGUUUUUUGCCAACAUGUUGCCGGCGCUUGUCAUCCAUGUACGUGACACAAGCCUCUUCACGCUCGAGUACGAAGUCAAGAUGAAGCCGCUUCUCGUGCUGCUCAAGGCAUACGUCAAGACCAAGGAAGUGCCGGUUGCGCUCGUCUUUGCAUGUCAGGCGGUCCUCUGGAGCCUCUUCUUGACCCAGGACAAGGCUCAAGACGGCAUGUGCUGCGCCAAGGUCGUCGACGACACGCGGCACACGAUCGGUCGCGUGACGCGCCAAAUGCAAGCGCUUUGUGACAACGCCGACGGUAUCGUCGUACCGCCACCCUCCAAGAAGAACGUCGAGGCGGCGCUCGGCUGGCUCCAGAACCUCCGUGUGGCGACAUCGCCCGACGAUGCAUUUAGCCAAAUGGAAGUCGACCGUGCGUGGUUCAACCCGUACAUGGCCGGCCAGAUCCUCCUCACGAUCACAAUGGAGAUUGGCUUCUCCAUGGGCCUCGCGACCAUGGAUGACAUUGGCCAGACGCGCAUGGUCCUCCACCUCUACAACGCGCUCCGUGUCCUCGACAAGAUCCCGCCGAACGCGGAUCUGGACAACUUGGUGAAUAUGUUUGAGCGCGGCAAGUCGGUUUGGGUUGGUGGCCGCCCAACCGUCCGCGGCGGCUUUGUCAAGGCCCAUCUACUGGCGUGGGGCUAUAACGCACCGACGGCAGCGGCGUUGGCCGCCAACCUUCACCGCGACAAGGAGGCCUUCCUCGCAAAGUCGACGCUUCGCGACCAGAUGGACCACCGCAGCGACGCUCGGAAGAAGCAAGCUAAAAUCAGCGACUUUGGCCGGGCGCUCCAGACGACCGACCCGGCGCCCGUGAGUCGAGCGUAUCGGUACGUGACGCGCCUGACGGCACCGACGGAGACGACGACGCGUCUUCCAUUGGCCAUCGACAUUAUGAAUAUCCUCCACGCCGACUAUAACGCGUUCUUGUACCUCGACCUCAACACGGUCGGACAGCUCUUCCGCGCCGCGUGGACGGACAUGAUCACGACGUUUGGCUUCAAGGGCUUCGACUUUGCACCGGAGCGCGGGAUCGUCGACGGUCCAUGGCGCGAGACGGACGCCAACACGCUUCUCGGGCUCUGCGACGUCGAUCCCGACCACCCGCGCGUGUUGGUGGCCGCCGGUGCGAUGCAGCAACUGGCGCAGCAGAUGCACACCGCCCACACGAGGUCCAGCAUGUAGUCGUACAACGCACUGGUGUCGUUGAGAUGCAACCAUAAAGCUCAAUAUGAACGUCGUCUGUAC